UUACUACAAUGCAUGCAUCAAAGUGCAAAUCAAGCCUAUUUUUAAAAAUCUAUACAAGCAUAGCCAGAAUGACAAAUAGCAUUGCUUAAGUGCUGGUUGUAUUUCUCUUGAGAUCUCCAUGACAACAAUUUGCAAUGGUGAAGAAUUCGAUAGCAGGACGCUCGCAGGCUGAUUGGGGUCCAUUGUGAGGGCCUGAGGUCGCUGAUUGGUUCAAGGGAAGCGCCACAACUACAAGGAGUUUAUAUUCAUUCAACUUGCUGAAGUACCCCCAAAAGCAGGCUGGGCACUGCCAGAGAGCUGCAUCUAACGCCACUGGUUUUGAUGAUGGACUACAAGUCUUAACAUGGGUUGAUACAUCCCACCAACAAAAGGAUAAAAUGGCGAAUGCAGACAGCGAGGUGAGGACUUUGCUCAAUUUUGUAAAUCUGGCGUCCAGCGAUAUCAAGGCAGCCUUGGAUAAAUCGGCGCCAUGCAGACGCUCCGUGGACCACAGGAAGUAUCUGCAGAAGCAGCUCAAGCGCUUCUCUCAGAAAUACUCCCGGGUGCCAAGAUGUCACUCACUCCGGUCUGCACAGUGUGCCAAGCCCACGGGCGGCGCUGGCGUGCGGGUGGCAGAAAAGGGUGCGGGUGCUGUAAAUACAGACAAAGUGGGUGGUUCUGUGGAGCAGGUGCCCAUGAGGAAACGCCAACUACCAGCUUCUUUCUGGGAGGAACCCAAACUGCACUCUCAGUCGGGACUGAGGAAAAGUCAGCAGGCCUCGACGCAGACGAGAGAACACAGGAAAAGUCACGACGAGGACGGAAAGGUCUCGAAAGAGGCUCUCAAAUUGGAGCGUCUCUCUCACCGUGUGUGCGCCUGCUGCCCUUUCCAAUUCCACCACCACCAUCAUCAUCAUCAUCAUCAGCAGCAGCAGCAGCAGCAGCAGCAGCAGCAGCAGGUCAUCCAGGGUCACCUCAUGGUGCCGCAUCCUGCUAUCGGACUGUGGCGCAAAGCCGAGCCCGAGAGAGCAGAGCAGAAGAUUCACACUCACGUUGUGGUCAAACCUAUACCCACCAAGCCCGCCAUCCCCUCCCCCAUCUUCAGCGUGUUUGGCUUCAUUUAA